UGGACGCACCCUUCUUGGGAGAAAAUCUACCUCAACUGUCAGCUAUGGCCAGAAGUUGAUAUCCAUACCUCUUGUCAAAGGAGACAUAAAACACAUCAGCUUUGGGCCUUGACCUACCAGGGAAAUUUCUCUUUGCAAUCUUGACUCUGAUGACUCUUAUUGCCAAUCUGGUGUUUAUAGAGGAAGCAGUCUAUAUCUACAGGAAAAUCCCUUCCACCAAAAGAUCAAUCAUAAUUUGGAUUAAUGCUGCAGCUCCAGUGAUUGCUUCUACUUCAUGCAUUGGCAUGUGGAUUCCUCGCUCAAGCAUGUUUACAGAUUUCACAGCAGCAGUAUUUUUUGCCAUAGUUAUCCACAAGUUCCUGAUGAUGAUGAUUAGUGAGUGUGGAGGUCAAAAGCUGCUCCUCAAGCGCUUUGAAAACGGUCACUUCAAGAUCAGCACUGGGCCCUGCUGCUGCUGCUGCCUUUGCCUCCCUCGUGUGCGCAUCACUAGGCGAACCCUUUUUUGGCUGAAGCUGGGCACCUUUCAGUUUGCUUUCCUUCGACCUGUGUUCAUGUUUUUAUCAAUAGUGCUUUGGACUAAUGGCAAUUACACCCUUUACAAUUUAUCUCCCAAAGGAGCUGCAAUAUGGAUUAGCUGCUUCGUUGGUGUCCUCACCAUUAUUGCUCUGUGGCCAGUUGGAAUCAUGUUUCAACAAGUUAGGACUCUCCUUAGCUGUAAGAAUAUCAUCACAAAAUUUGCUCUUUAUCAGUUUAUCCUCAUUCUGAACCAUCUUCAGGCAGCUAUUAUCAACAUCUUGGCCAUGCAAAGAAUUAUUCCCUGUGCCCCGCCACUCUCCUCUUCAGCAAGAGGAGCACAUAUCACCCAGCAGCUGCUCAUCAUGGAAAUGUUUCUGAUAACCCUAAUCUCAAGAGUGGUCUAUCGGAGAAGAUACAAUGACCUAGAACCUCCAGACUGUACAGCCAAAGAAGAUGGGGAUGACAAGCAGACUCCUGAGGUUAUCCUGAAUGGUGCAGUUAGUGAAGAUGGAUUGCCAAGAGUUUAGAAGCCCUCUGCGCUCCUGUUCCACCGGAGCUGUAAGUUCAACUUCAGGAGCUUGUACAUUCUUGCACCACAAAUAACCACUGUCCAUGUUGGAACAACUUCUGACAUGAAUGCCUGUGAGCUGCAGCACUGAAAGGACCACUAGUGGAAAAGUAACCCCAUUUAUUCUGCAGUAUCAUAUACACUGUGAGAGUGUUUUCAAACCAAAUAGUUUAGUAAGAUUUCAUACCAUGUAUUUGUAUCCUGUUACUGAGCAUUUGAUGGUAGCCACAUUGUCUUACAACGCAGUUUUAUUUCAUUUUCUUGUGUUUUAGCUAUUAGAAUGGCUAUGAUUUAAAGUUAAUCCAGAGUCACUCUUGUUUAGCUCUUUUGACUUUUUAAAAUCUUAUUUCAGCCUGGAUUACUGUCAUAUGUCCCGCACAGCAUUUUCCCACCCUUCCCACCAUUAAAAUUUAUCAGCUCUCAUUUUAUGCCACAAGCUCACUAUCUAAUUCCAAUCAGUAAAUACAUUUGCAUGUGUUUAUUCUGAAAUUCCCAAACUUGUCUGGGCUCUCCACCUCCAUAAUUGAUGAUCUCUUCAGGGCAAGACUUUCUACGUUCCUUGCAAUCACCUCCUAACUUGAUAAAUACACAGCUACUCUUUCUAACUACUUCACCAGUAGAUGUUCUUCCUAGGGAAGGCCAAUUCUCUGUUCCUGGCCUGGAAAAAUAAAGUAGGUGUUAGAGUCUGAGAUGUCUUCUGCCAUUGUUCUGUGAUGUUAUGUGGUGCUUUGUUUCUCUGCUUGGUACAUGGGAAUAAUGAUACUCAGGAUUGUUGUGUUAAAGGUGUCUGUGAGGAUAAGGGCUAUUGAAAGGAAUUUCUUUGAAAAAAUUCUUACCUUCCCAGCUUCUUCACCUCAAAUCUGACCUGUGCAGGCAUCCAGUAGGACUUCAAAUAUUACAGGAUCUUUUUGCAAAUGAUGCUGAUGUUCUUGGAUGAACCUAAUUGCUCACUAUAAUUUCUAGUAUGUGCUUAGUAAAUAUUUAGAUAUUCUGAUUCUUGGGACAUGAGGUGCAGCACCAUUUCCUAGCACUCGUCUGACCUCAUCUAGUGUGAGCCCUAGGCACAAACAUCCAACUGAUGGAGCAAGACUGCUUAUUCCAUGUAUAGGCUGGGAAAAUGUUUCAUUGGAAAAGGUGUUAAUAACAUCUUUUACCUAUACUGUAUCAAAUUAAACUUAUCAUCAGAGCAAAGCUAGGCAGAUAUUGGGGUUUUAUUUUUAGUUUAUAAGGAAUUAAAAAUCUACUUUCAGUUUGGGAGUUGGUGGCAAAUGUAAUAUUCUGAAAACAGCUAGAGAACCACCUGGAAGUAGAAAAGGGGAUUAAAUUAUUUUCUUUCUGAUUGAGGUCAGGAAUGACAUUUUCUCUAACAAUUGAAGGAAUCCAUUAUAGCAGAGAAAUUGAGUUAUUUUUAUUUUGAAGUGGUUGGAGCAAUUUUUAUAUUUAUUUUUUUCUACGUAGGUAGUCUGGGAAAUCAAUACAGAUUCUUGUGCUCAUUAUUGUGAAAGAAUCUGCAUUUUUUCCUUGAAAAAUAAUUUAGGCAAAAAUUUUUACUCUGCAUUACAGUUUGGCAGUAGAAUUAACUGGGAUCAGCUAACAUAUUCGUAACAUGGGAAAUUUUAAUGUAUUUUCACAUUAGGGAUGUUAACAUAUUGCUAAUGUUGCUUUAUGUCUGGGCGGUCUGGGCUACAAGUACAUCUGUAGACUUGCAGAGCAGUGUUUGAUUUCGUAAUGGCAUCGGGAAUGGUUGGCUGUGAGUUCAACCGGUUUCAAAACUGCAAAAUAAAACAUUUUGAGUUGCCAGGGUAUCUUUGUGAAUUGCUGUGGAAAAGACUUUAAUUAUUAGGGUAAAUGAGACAAAUGAGCAUUACUGGAAAACGUUUUCCAUAGCAGUUCUGCCUGCGGCGUGCCUUGGUGGGUGGGAUCUGCGGCGUGGAAAAUCCAUGUGCUGUAGCAUGGACAAUGCAUUCAAAACCAGAUGGAGUGUAUGGAGAAGUGGUGGUCUCUGGAGGUCCAGUGAAGGCAGCUGCUGUGGUGCAGCAAGAGUCUUCGCCCAUCACUGUUAUACUAGUUAUCUGUUGUUAUCUCAGAAGUGCCUGUUAACCAGAUCUUGUAGGCAUCAGUAAGGGUGUGCUUUAACCACAGUUGUCACUGGCUGUUAUGCUUUUGGGCAGAUAUUUAAUAUUUGUUGUGAAAAUUCAGCAAUAGAAUGUACCGUGAUGAGUGCUACGUAGACUUCAGAUUUGGCAGUGAAGGCGUUUCUUUUUACUAUGUGCAGUCAUGAAGGUGUCAUUCCAAAAACCAUUUGCUCUACGCAGAACUCUUUUCAGAGCAAAAUUGGAUGCGCUUUAUCUUAAGUACAUACCUAAGAGCUUUCAUGAGUUACAGCUUAUGUGAAUAAAGCAGAAUGUAUGGGUUUCGUUGUUA